AUGCCGACAGCAACAUCUGCUUUUGGCAGGCAUGAGGCCAUCAUUACCCCUUCGCUCCUGCCAUACGCUGACACGCAACAGCCCGCGACCCUCUUUGCUAGCCCUACGCCCUCCCCACGUCCCGAAGCCGCGAACAACGCGCCCAACAUAUACCAGCCUCUCAUUCAUCAAUACUUCGCAAACCCAGGAGCGACAUCUUACCGAGGCUCCUCAUCACGCGGCCGCGCAAACAGAUACAGCGUCGCCCCACGUGGACGGCGAAGGCAGCAUCCUCGUUUCGCUCACUCGCUGUACAACCCUACACCUCAAGCACCAGAAGGCGAAGGCGAGAGUUCAACCUCGGAAAGUCCGUACGACCACGAGCUUGCGAUUGCCUUACACUUGGACCUGUUGGAAGACGCCGAGAGGUUUGGAGACGAGGAUUUGGGUGAUUCGGGCAUAUACGAUCACCGUGAAAGUGAUUCCGGUGCCCACUCCCGGCGCGUUCACUUCACCGACGGCGACUGGGACGACGAAGCAGACCGAAUUCCAGUUGGUGCACCAGCUCCCUUUGGAGACUCCUCGUCACCCGCGAACAAUCUCCACUAUACUUUCAACUACUCACAUCGCCCCAUCAUGCCCGGCCCUUCGAAGCGCUCGCGCGAUAGCUAUGAGAGCCCAGAGGAAAAGGCCAUCACACACGUCCUGAACUUCAGAGGUGCUGUCAGUGCCAUGCUAUACAACAGCAUCAGCCCCAACCCUCAAGCGAACGAUAUUUGGCCCGAAUGCCGCAGUUCCACAAAACUACCCGCCAAAUACUAUCUGCUCGACCAGAGCAAACUGCUCGCAUCUGAUCAGGAUCCAAAGCAUCCCCCCUCCAAGAAAAGUGGAAAGAAGGCAGUAAAGACUGCAAGGAAUGAGGAGUCGCGUGACACUCUUCCUAGUCCCUCGGUCGGGCGCCCGGAAUGGAAGCUGCCGGUUGAGCUUGUAGAGAUGAUCGCUGAACACCUCAACCGCGACGACAUAAAAUCACUACGUCUUGUAAGCCGCGAGAUGAACAAAACGGUCUCGCAGGUCAUCUUCCGGACAGUGGUUGUUCCCUUCAAUACCGAGAUCUACGGCAUGCUAGCACAAGAGCACAAGCCUGACCUUAAGGGCAAAAAGCGCGCACGAAUCGAGCAACCCAGCUACUUAUGGAAGAACGCAAACGGCGAUGAAGUAUACAAUGGUCAUGGCCUCGACGUCUUCCGCGGCUUCGGUGAACACAUCAAGAAGUUCGGCAUGAGCUUUGAAGUCAACGAAGAAUCGCUUUCCAUGCCGCCCGUCAAGUCACUGACGGAGAAAAAGACAAGCUUUUGGGGAAACUACGACUGGCCACAUGAAGAGUAUCGUCGCUUCGAUACUGUCGCUGGACUCGAAAAUGCCGCUGAUGAAACACCGCGGAUGAAAACAGCAUUUUCAGAGCUUAAAAGUGUCAGGGAACUGGCGCUUUCCAUUGAUAGCGGUUUAGGAUGGCUGAACGGACCGGACAGAUCUAUUCGAGCACGUGUCUUGCAAAGGCCAUCUCGCGUCUUUGGCACUGCCAAAGCCAUCCCAGAUCGUAGAGCCCAGGCCCAACAGGAGCUUUGGAAUCACAUUGAAGCAUGCCAUCAGAACGCUGGUAGUGAUGUUAGACUGGCCACACUAUACAGGAUGGAUGGUCAAGUUCCUCUUUCCGAGCUGAAGGAGGCCAACAAUCUAGCAGAUGAGCAACCACAGAUGCCCUACUUAGAUCCUCAGCUUCUCCAUGCUGCAACUCCUUAUGAAACUGGCGACGUUCCUGUUCCUAGUAGUUUCGACGACCCGUAUGUUCUGGAGCGCUUUGUGUCAGCCGCACCACCUUCAGGUACAGGUAUUCUGUUCUCAUCAAGUAAAAUGCCAUCGGAAGGAGCGCACCUUGUGAACCCUGUCAUACCCGCCAAUCUCACCAAGGCGCAAAAAGAAUGGCUAUUGGAGACUGAGUGGGCCCAACGAGCUUUCAUGUCUUCGUACAUGCUCUCUAUCAUCGACAACCCGACCACGUUCCAAUACGUGCAUACGCUGAACAUUUCCGGGCUCUCCGAUCGUUACCUCCCAAUGCUAAAUCGUUCGGAUUUCUGGGACGCACUACCAGAACUCCACAACGUUACCAUCAUGGUGAUCCCAUGCUGGCGAACUGUGCAAAAGGACGAGACCUGCUUCGUUGACGCGCCAAAGAUUAGCCCCACACAAAGCCACGGUGUACUAUUCGACCUACUCCGCCAUCAUGUUGCUGGUCGAGCGAACAUCCGUCACCUAAAAGUUGGUUUUGUCACUGGAGGCGAACAUGCUGAGGGACUCUACGCGAGGAACAAACUGCUAUUCCCUGCUCCCGUAAUGGAUAUACGAGGUCGUUCAGAGAAUCCUCCUUCUAUCCACCCCACGGUGCUGGUCGCAACUGAUGCAGCUCUUGUGAGGGCAGGUUUGCUUCAGUUCCCUCAUGUAGAACAACUCGUGCUGAACAAUUGCUGGAUUACGCCACCAGCUUUGCGCGAAUUCGUCAAGAUGCACGAUCGGUACAAGCUGCAGACUUUGGUACUGGAUUCGGUGUCACUUACGGGCGUGCUGCGUCCUCACGCCAACCCGAACCAUGCAGUCCCGCAACCAGCGGCAUUUCACAACAUAAUGCCGCCUCAUCUUCCGGUAGGUGCACUAUUUGGCGCUGUUGGUGCCCAGGGUCCGCAAUUAGCGCCAAACCAGCAGCAGACCCUCCAGGCUUAUAUCCAGGCGCUUCAAGCGCAACUUCAACAACUGCAGGCCCACGCUGGAGCUGUUCAAAACAAUAAUAUAGCGGCCUUACAUAACCAACUGCAACAGCAGAUCGGACAGGUGCCCAACAACCCAGGACAACAAGCACAUAAUCAAGCUCAACCUCAAGGUCAAGGACAAGCACCAGCUCAAGUUCAACCUCAAGGCCAACCCCAAGCUCCGGUGCAGCCAAACCAGCAGGUUCAAGCAAUCGCUCAACAGCAUAUCAAUUUCGCCACUGUGGCCCAGCUCGCUCAACAGGUCCAUCAAUUGCACACGCAGUUACUUCUGGGACAGCAGCCUCAACCUAUUCCUGCGUUAGCAAACAAUCCAGUUCCAGGUGACGCUCAGUCUGUACUCAAGGCACAGCCCCGCGAGGGCUGUUGGAUGGAUAUCAUUGAUCAAAUCUCACCCGGCACCAAUCUCUCCGACUUCGGAUCUGAGCAUUCCAAGGCCGACAGCGAGCGCACUACCUCACUGCGAACAAUUGAGUUUGUUUCAUGCGGUUAUGCUAAGCUGUCUAACACAGCUUUCGAUCAAUCUGAUGUCGAUCCUCUUGGUAUGGCUGCCCACUGGCGCAACCAGAUGCUCGGUAAGCGAAUUGUCGCUCUUGCGCCCGCUAUGCUGAGCGCCAAGUGGGGCCACCUGGGUGACAUUGUGCAAGAGAUCGACCCAUCUGAGCUGGCUGCACUCGAUGCGGCCUGGGACUUGAAAACCGGCUGGGAAGACGCUGAAGCAGCUCGCGCCGCUGAGUUUGAUGGCAUGCUUGCUGGUGGUACAGGGCGUUUUACAGGCACCAUACGGCAUUCGGAUAGGGUGGCUGAUGAGGCUUCUGCGAGUUAG